ACCAUUUUUUGUAGGAACGUGUAACCCAUUAGUUAAGCUUCAUGCGUAAGCUUUGCCUUCUGCCCGUGCCGUCGUCUUCGCUCUGCCAUUUGUACCUGUGAAGCAGCAAUGUUGAUCAUGCUCCGUUUAUCGAUCAGCUCAUGAUGAAAUUUCCUACUUUAACAAUGUUCAUUUGUAGGGUAGUGUUGAGCUGAAGAGCGUAGAGGACGUGUGCUGCGUUUGUGGAAAUACCUGAAGAAAAUUGGUGUUAGUUUUUGAAGACUGAUGGCGAGAAGCAAGGAAACGUUGAUGCUGUUGCUGGAUGUGGGUCCUAGUAUGCACCCUUAUCUGGCCGAUGUAUCAAAGUGCAUGACUACUUUAAUACACAGGAAGCUCAUGCUGAGUAAGAAUGAUGAGGUUGGAGUGGUUUAUUUUGGCACAACUGAAACGGACAACGAGCUGAACAAGGAAAUGGAAGGUUAUCAUAAUAUUGUGGUUGUAGAGCCAAUUGCUGUUGUAUCUCAAGAUCUAGCACAUCGAUUGGAAAACAUUCCAUGCGGAUUUGGUUCAAGCGACUUUUUGGAUGUCAUCGUUGUGGGUUGUGACAUGUUAAUGAAAAAACUGGGUGAAAACAAGAAGGGCAAUAAACGCCUGUGUCUUGUUACUGAUGCUGCAUCCCCAGUUAGAGAACCUUCCGAAGGAACUGUAGAAGAUCAAGUGAGAAAUAUAGCAGAACGUAUGGGUGAACAAGGUAUCAAGUUAGAUGUUGUUGUAGUCCGUGUUGGUCAAAACUUUUUGAUAAACUCUACUGGGCAACAUCAGAACGACGUCCUUUUAGAUCUCUUCAAAUUGCACACUCAAGCGGAGAUUGGUAUUGCACGAACUGCAACAUCUAUGCUGGGAAUUAUAAGGCCUCGCGCUGUUUCACCUACAACUUUAUAUCGCGGCGACUUUGAACUUACACCAGAUCUACGCAUUAAGGUAUGGGUGUACAAAAAGACUUCGCAGGAGAAACUUCCUACAUUGAAAAAGUAUUCCAAUGAAGCACCCGCCUCCGACUCUCAUGCAACCCGUGAAGUGAAGAUAGAUACUGAAUACAAAAGCUCUGACAACCCAGAUGUUUCUGUUCCCCCUGAGCAACGAACCAAAGCAUACAAGUAUGGAAAGAAUUUCAUCCCUAUUUCUAGUUCAAUGGAGGAUUCUCUGAAGUUCAAACCUGAAAAAGGCGUCAAGCUUAAGGGGUUUGUUAAACGUUCUGAUAUUCCUCGGCAUUACUUCCUUAAGGAGUCUAGCAUAUUUUUGCCGGAGCCUGGACAUCAAAAGUCUAUUGUAGCAGUGUCAGCACUUGCUCGAGCCAUGAAAGAACAUGAUUACGCGGCAGUAGUUCGUUGUGUGUGGAGACAAGGACAAACCAAUGUUGUCAUGGGGAUCCUUUUACCAUUUGUUUCUGCACAAGAAAACGUGGCUGAUGGUUUUUACUUCAAUGUCAUACCCUUCCUGGACGAUAUGCGGGAGUUCCGUUUCACGUCUUUUAGCUCUAUGCCAGAGUCUUUGCAGCCAAGUUGUGAACAGCAAGAAGCUGCAUAUAAUCUGGUUCGUAUGCUCGACCUGUCUCCAAGCGAAGACGAAGAACUGCUUCAGCCAGAACAAACCAUUAAUCCCGUUCUGCAGAGAUUCUAUUAUUUUUUGCAUUUGCGAUCCCUCAAUCCGGAGGCCAAAGUACCUCCACUAGAUGAAUCCUUGCGCUGUAUAGUAGAACCAGAUCUGCUGCGUCUUGAUGAAAAUCAAUAUGCAAUAAAUCAGUUCUCUCAACAGUUAACACUGACGCCAAAUAUCCAGGAGAAUGGCAAGAAGUCUUUCUGGAAAGGCGAACGGAGGGAUGGUAACGUUCUGCAAAUCAAAGAUGAACCAGCUUUCAUGGAUGUGGAUAUGAAAAACCCUGGUUCUGUAUCUUUCAAUAGUCUUGCUUCAAGGAAGGUUGAGGAAAUUGGGAGUGCAAAUCCUGUGGCUGAUUUUGAGGCACUCAUGGCUCGCCGUGACAGCCCUGAAUGGGUUGGCAAAGCGAUUCAAGGGAUGAAGAAAAUGAUAUAUGAUCUCCUAGACUCUGCUUACAAUGGCAACACAUACGAAAAGGCUCUUGCAUGCUUGAUUUCCCUGCGAUUGGGGUGUGUAAUCCAAGAGGAACCUUUGGAAUUCAAUUUUUUCCUACGCGAUUUAAAGACUAAGGGAAGUACGAUACGGCUGCAAGACUUUUGGCAGCAAGUCAUGGGCAAAAAAAUUACUCUAAUUUCCAAGGAUGAAGCACCUGACAGUAAUGUAGGAGCUGCUGAAGCUGCAUCAUUUUUAACCAGUGAGAAGCUGAUCGCGAAGAAGGAAGAACCGGCUGAUGAGAUUGACGAAAUGGAAGCUCUUCUUGGAGGAGCUAUGUCAUAAAUUUAUUGCAAUUCCUCUGAUCUCGGCGUAUCCCUCCCCUUCGCUGGGCAUUUAUGAAAGAUGCUUCUAGCCACAGAUUUAGCUGCUAACUUUCAUGGCCAACUCUAGUGCUCACACAGGCUUCGCGGCUUGUAGAAAGUCCUUUUUUGAUAUCAGAGACUUCAAAGGCCAGAUGUAUCUCCCAUUUUUCUAGAGCAAAUCCUCUGUAAUUUCAACAGUAACUUAGUUCACCCAAUAGUGAUUUGUUCAAUCAACUCUACAUUUUUCCUUCA